GCCAAGUUCUUGAAGAGAAUGAGAAAAGGGGUGCUAGGCUAGGGGAACCCCAGGGCUGAAGGCUCUAGGUCAGAGAGAAGGCUGGAGUUCAGAUGCCUAAGUGAAGGGCUUGCCAGGACUUGAGGCUGGAGUUAGGCAGGGGCCAGAUCUGCAGGGCUGGUGGGGCAAGCUAUGGAGUUUUUCUUCCCUCAAGGCAAUAGGAAGCCAUUAAGGGGUAGUGAACUUAUUUGAUAUGCAUGGUAAAAGACUUGGGUCUUUCUGGGUAAAAAUCUUGGAUUAUAGGUAGAGAAAGCAUUAAGGGAAACCUAGAAAGGAAGAAAUUUGGAGAAACCUGUACAUACAGUACUGUCUGUGUCUGGAGGAGAACAUGUGGUGGCACUGACACCCUUUUUUCCCUUGCAUUUGGGCCCCCAUGCUCUCCUGAGGUCCCUCAGACCUUACUGCCUGCUCCUUCUCAGUCCCCUUUGCUCUCUUUCUCUUCUCCUUGACUUCCGGGCGCCGAACCACCCUAGGGCCCAAUACUAGCACCUCUUUUGGGCAAUUUUAUCCAGUCUGAUGACUCAACAUGCCAUCAGUAUUUGGAAAACUCCUAAAUGUGCAUGAUUCUCACCGGGAACUUGCCCUUCCCAACGCAUUUCCAACAGCAGACUCCAUGUUCACGUGCAUGGCACCUGCCAGUGGCACCUUGGUGUAGGCUUUUGUUACAGAUAAAGGUAAAUGGACACAAUUGAGACAUAUGAGGGUUUGCUGACAGAUGCAAGGUCUGUGUAGGGUGGAGUAGGGUGGAGAUUAAAUAUCCUGAUUAGAUUUUAAGAUUUUGGCUGGAGAUUAUAAUGAUGAUUGAAUUUCAAUUAAUGUUAGUUACCUUCUUCUUCCCCUCCAUCCCUCAUUCCAAAGCUACCCGUUUGGAAUAUCUGAUGAAGGCAGAAAACUUUAAAGAGGUGUUCCCAGUGUUGUGUUUUGUGUGCCAUUUUUAAGGGAAUUUACAUUAACAUUUUGAGUGAAGGUAAUUUCACAAAACGAUCCAGAAUAUUAGGAGUCAUGAGUUGUGUUUGCAGUGGGGGAGGGCACUCAUCAAACGCACCAAUGGGACAAAUCCAGUUAAAAAAUGCUGUCAACCUUAUCAAGAUUGACUAAUCCAAUCAAGUUGGGAGGGUACUAAAACCUUUAUUUAAAUUGAGCCUUAUUCUUGACCCCUCCCUUUUUGGUGUGCUUAUAAAAACCAGCAAUCACAUCUCUUCCAGUAUUGUUUAGAGCCAGGUAGAGUGAAGUCCUGUCCUAGAGAGUUAUCAGGUUCCAGACCCUGCCUUCUCUUCUGAAAGGGUUUGGAAAUCCCUUGUCUCCAGGUUGCUGGGAUUGACUUCUUGCUCAAUUGAAACACUCAUUCAAUGGAGACAAAGAGAACUCAUGCUUUGUGCUGAUUCAUAUUUGAAUCAAAGCAUUGGGGAGUCUGUAUGCCUUGUUUGUGGAAAGAACCAGUGACACCACCACUGAGCUUCCUAAAAGUUCCGAAGAAGUUAGAGGACUAGACACUUUCUUUUGAACUUUUAUAAUAAAUAUUUGUUCUGGUUUUUGAAGCCCGGGGCUGUUAGAGGGGUGAGUGACAAGUCUUACAAGUGGCCUUAUUCCAACUCCAGAAAUUCCCCAAGGGAACUUUGAGAUUAUAUGCAAUCGAAAGUGACAGGAAACAUGCCAACUCAAUCCCUCUUGAUGUACAUGGAUGGGCCAGAAGUGAUUGGCAGCUCUCUUGGCAGUCAGAUGGAGAUGGAGGACGCCAUGUCAAUGAAAGGGACCGCUGUUGUUCCAUUCCGAGCUACGCAAGAGAAAAAUGUCAUCCAAAUAGAGGGGUAUAUGCCCUUGGAUUGCAUGUUCUGCAGCCAGACCUUCACACAUUCGGAAGACCUUAAUAAACACGUCUUAAUGCAACACCGGCCUACCCUUUGUGAACCAGCAGUUCUGCGGGUUGAAGCAGAGUAUCUUAGUCCGCUUGAUAAAAGUCAAGUACGAACAGAACCUUCCAAGGAAAAGAAUUGCAAGGAAAAUGAAGAAUUUAGCUGUGAGGUAUGCGGGCAGACAUUUAGAGUGGCUUUUGAUGUUGAGAUCCACAUGAGGACACACAAAGAUUCUUUCACUUACGGGUGUAACAUGUGCGGAAGAAGAUUCAAGGAGCCUUGGUUUCUUAAAAAUCACAUGCGGACACAUAAUGGCAAAUCAGGGGCCAGGAGCAAACUGCAGCAAGGCUUGGACUGUCCCGCGACGAUCAACGAGGUCGUCCAGGUGCACGCGGCUGAGCGCAUCCCCUCUCCUUACAAAAUCUGCAUGGUUUGUGGCUUCCUAUUUACAAAUAAAGAAAAUCUAAUUGAGCACAGCAAGGUGCACACCAAAAAAACUGCUCCCGGUACCAGCAGCACGCAGACAGACUCUCCACAAGAAGGAAUGCCGUCCUCCAGGGAAGACUUCCUGCGGUUGUUCAGCUUGAGACCAAAAUCUCACACUGACACGGGGAAGAAGCUUGUCAAAUGCAUACCUCAGCUCGAUCCGUUCACCACCUUCCAGGCUUGGCAGCUGGCUACCAAAGGAAAAGUUGCCAUUUGCCAAGAAGAAGUGAAGGAAUCGGGACAAGAAGGGAGCACCGACAACGAUGAUUCGAGUUCCGAGAAGGAGCUUGGAGAAAAUAAGGGCAGUUGUACAGGCCUCUCGCAAGAGAAAGAGAAGUGCAGACACUCCAACGGUGACGCGCCCUCCGUGGAGGCGGAUCCCAAGUUACCCACCAGCAGCAAGGAGAAGCCCACGCACUGCUCCGAGUGCGGCAAAGCUUUCAGAACCUACCACCAGCUGGUCUUGCACUCGAGGGUCCACAAGAAGGACCGGAGGGCUGGCGCGGAGUCGCCCACCAUGUCUGUGGACGGGAGGCAGCCGGGGACGUGCUCCCCUGACCUCGCCACCCCUCUGGAUGAAAAUGGAGCCGUGGAUCGAGGGGAAGGUGGUUCUGAAGACGGAUCUGAGGAUGGGCUUCCCGAAGGAAUCCAUCUGGAUAAAAAUGAUGAUGGAGGAAAAAUAAAGCAUCUUACAUCUUCAAGAGAGUGUAGUUAUUGUGGAAAGUUUUUCCGUUCAAAUUAUUACCUCAAUAUUCAUCUCAGAACGCAUACAGGUGAAAAACCGUACAAAUGUGAAUUUUGUGAAUAUGCUGCAGCCCAGAAGACGUCUCUGAGGUAUCACUUGGAGAGACAUCACAAGGAGAAACAAGCCGAUGUUGCUGCUGAAGCCAAGAACGACGGUAAAAAUCAGGACACUGAAGAUGCACUAUUAACCGCUGACAGUGCGCAAACCAAAAAUUUGAAAAGAUUUUUUGAUGGUGCCAAAGAUGUUACAGGCAGUCCACCUGCAAAGCAGCUUAAGGAGAUGCCUUCUGUUUUUCAGAAUGUUCUGGCCAGCGCUGUCCUCUCACCAGCACACAAAGAUACUCAGGAUUUCCAUAAAAAUGCAGCUGAUGACAGUGCUGAUAAAGUGAAUAAAAUCCCUACCCCUGCUUACCUGGACCUGUUAAAAAAGAGAUCAGCAGUUGAAACUCAGGCAAAUAACCUCAUCUGUAGAACCAAGGCGGAUGUUACGCCUCCUCCGGACGGCAGUACCACCCAUAACCUUGAAGUUAACCCCAAAGAGAAGCAAACGGAGACUGCAGCUGACUGCAGAUACAGGCCUAGUGUGGAUUGUCACGAAAAACCUUUAAAUUUAUCCCUGGGGGCUCUUCACAAUUGCCCGGCAAUUUCUUUGGGCAAAAGUUUAAUUCCAAGCAUCACCUGUCCAUUUUGUACCUUCAAGACAUUUUAUCCAGAAGUUUUAAUGAUGCACCAGAGACUGGAGCAUAAAUACAAUCCUGACGUUCAUAAAAACUGUCGAAACAAGUCCUCACUUAGAAGUCGACGUACCGGGUGCCCGCCAGCGUUGCUGGGAAAAGAUGUGCCUCCCCUCUCUAGUUUCUGUAAACCCAAGCCGAAGUCUGCUUUCCCAGCGCAGUCCAAAUCCCUGCCAUCUGCGAAGGGGAAGCAGAGCCCUCCUGGGCCAGGCAAGGCCCCUCUGACUUCAGGGAUAGACUCUAGCACUUUAGCCCCAAGUAACCUGAAGUCCCACAGACCACAGCAGAAUGUGGGGGUCCAAGGGGCCGCCACCAGACAACAGCAAUCUGAGAUGUUUCCUAAAACCAGUGUUUCCCCUGCACCGGAUAAGACAAAAAGACCUGAGACAAAAUUGAAACCUCUCCCAGUAGCUCCUUCUCAGCCCACCCUCGGCAGCAGUAACAUCAAUGGUUCCAUCGACUACCCUCCCAAGAAUGACAGCCCGUGGGCACCUCCAGGAAGAGACUAUUUCUGUAAUCGGAGUGCCAGCAACACUGCAGCAGAAUUCGGUGAACCCCUUCCAAAAAGACUGAAGUCCACCGUGGUUGCCCUUGACGUUGACCAGCCUGGGGCCAAUUACAGAAGAGGCUAUGACCUUCCCAAGUACCAUAUGGUCAGAGGCAUCACCUCACUGUUACCGCAGGACUGCGUGUAUCCGUCGCCAGCGCUGCCUCCCAAACCGAGGUUCCUGAGCUCCAGCGAGGUCGAUUCUCCAAAUGUGCUGACGGUUCAGAAGCCCUACGGUGGCUCCGGGCCGCUUUACACUUGUGUGCCUGCUAGUAGUCCAGCAUCCAGCUCGACGUUAGAAGGUCUUGGUGGAUGUCAGUGCUUACUCUCCAUGAAAUUAAAUUUUACUUCAUCCUUUGAGAAGCGAAUGGUGAAAGCUACUGAAAUAAGCUGUGAUUGUACUGUACAUAAAACAUAAGGAAUCUGCAAGGAACACUACAGUUUUGUAAAGUUGUUCUGUUAACUUUUGUACCAAAUAGCAAUAAAAACUAGUUGGAACAGUUGGAACCUACAUACAUGGGGACUGGAAAUCUCUAUUUUGUCCCUGAAUAAUAUUUUUUUUAGAAUCGACCAAAUAAGAAGUGGAAUUUUUGCAUACUUGAGCGCUGCUGAAAAGAAAUCAUUUGGGUGGGGUGGGGUGGGAUGGGGGAAAAGUAUAUAAUGCUUGCACCUCAGGUAAAAAUCUGUAAAUAUCUUAAGUUGUAAACCUGCUUGUUCAAAUACUGUGUGUAUUCCUUUUCUCUAAUACAGCUCAUCACUUGGAGCAGUUUCUGCUAUUGUGCUCUUUCAUUUAAAAUGUAUGUUUUUUUUUAAACUGCCAAUGAUUUUGUAUUAUGUUGAAUCCUCCGAAAUCUAUUGUUGUCUUAAAAUUGUUAAUGGAAGUAUUGACCCUCUAUGAUACGUGCUGCAGAUAUUGAGUCAGCCAUUUGGAAGUUGGCAGCAUUUUAUUGCAACUUUCAGCAUCUCAGCUGGGGAAGACACCUUCUUCCUCGCCUCUCCGAUUGUCCUGGAACCUCCAGAAUCCUUGACUGAGGGGCAUGGGAUGGCUCGUAGGAUUUUUAAGAGUGUGUGUCUACAGAGAAGCGUUUUCCCUGUAGAACAGCCACACAUUGUGUAAACAUAAACUGUAUGUGCAGUUAUUUAUAUUUGUUUCUAUCAAAUUAAUCACUUUUGUUGGAAGAUUCAUUGGGGGGGGCCUAAAUUAGUAUAUAAAAACAAAAAUGGUAAAUUAUACCUGUGAAUUGCAUAUAUUGGGGAACAGUUUUAAGGGAAAUUUUUGGGGAAACAUUUUAGGUUUGCAUUUGGUAGUCUUAAUGUAUCUGGCAUUUGGGUGAACUGUGGACAUACUAGAGUUGAUUAUAGACACAUUGAUUCUGAAUAAGGAACUGCUGGCCGAGCCUCCUGGGAGUCUAGAAAGAGGAAAUCUGUUUCUAGACCUCAGUUAUCUUCCCAUUUUUGGUUGUUAUGAAGCAGUAGCAUUUUUCUCAGUGCACAUGCAAUUUGGGUUUUAGAGAAGAUGGCCACCAGCUGGCUUCCUAGAUAUUUUAAACUUUUGUUCUUUAAUGUGCUGUCCAUGGCUGAGUUUAUUAGUACAUGGGCGUAGUGACCACAAAAUAUUUUAUUAAGAAACUUUUUCAAAAAUAAAUUUGCACUGUUCAUUUUUCUGGCCUCGCUGUUCUCCAUAGAGCAAGGGUAAAGUCCUAGAAGAUUUUUUUUUUCUUUUUAAAUUAUGCAACGUAAGAUGUCCUCCUUGAUAGAAGUCUUAGCUCCUGUGUUACAAGGGAGAAGUAAUUUGAGAUCAGUCUGCUGGCAUUGCAAUGAAGUGCUUUGUAUCAGGAAAGUGUACACUAUUGACCUUUUUUCCUGUUCACAAGCUGAGCCAUAUGUACAUAAUCUAGAUUUUUGUUUUCAUAGUUUUGCACUUUUAUAGCCUAUUUUUGAAGAUUAACACAUUUGCAAGAUGAUUGACUCAAUCUUUGCCUAAUCCAAUGAGUGUUACAGAGAGCUUGAACUAGAACCAUAAUUCUUAAAAGGGGGUAUGUGGUAAUAGAGGGCUGGAAUUUAAACCUGUAUUUAAAAAAAAGAAUCACCAAAUCUAUUUGAAAACAAGUCAAUUUGUGUUAUGCUGGAAUUUUUUGGGCUUUCAGAUUUCUCUUUUUAACCACAUUUCUGAAUGUAUGAAAAUACCAAUUAUUUUCCUACAGCCCUUUGUACUUCAAAAUAUGUUUUUGUGUCCAUCAGUAUUAACUAUUGGUAUACUACUGGUUUUAUAUGUUUUUUUUUCUUUGAGACAACAGUACAUAUAAUAGAGGUACAAUUCGUUGGAUUUUGUUUAUGUAUUUAUUUCAUUCCAGUUUGAUUUAUUUUAAUUGUUGAUACUUAAGUUGUCAAACAGUAGACAUUACUUGUUUUAUUUAUGAUAUAUUUCAGCUUAAAGUUAUGUUAUUAUAUGUGGAAGUGUAAAUAUAGAUUUGGUGUUUUGCAA